GCCCCGGAGCAGUUUCCCGGCUGCACUCAGCCCCCGGAAGGGCGCCGGGCGGCAGCGCACGGAGGAGAGGAAGGGACCGACCAGGGCCGGGAGGGGUGGGGACGGGACGGGAGGGGACCGGGGCCAUGAACGGCUCGGCGAACUCGCUGCUGGAUAAGGAGGAGCACCCGCUGCAGCUGGGCGAGAGCUUCGAGCGGCGGCCCAAGGCCUCCUUCCACACCAUACGCUAUGAUUUUAAGCCAGCAUCGAUUGAUACAUCUUGUGAGGGGGACCUUCAAGUGGGUAAAGGAGAUGACGUAACAAUCACUUUGCCACAUAUUCCAGGUUCAACUCCACCAAUGACUGUGUUUAAAGGAAAUAAAAGGCCAUAUCAGAAGGACUGUGUGCUUAUUAUCAAUCAUGACACUGGGGAAUAUGUGCUGGAAAAACUUAGUAGCAGCAUUCAAGUGAAGAAAACAAGAGCAGAGGGCAGCAGUAAGAUCCAAGCCCGAAUAGAACAACAGUCUGCCCGAGCAUCUCAGCCUCCUUCACAGUUUAGAGCCCCAACCAAGCCAGCAGUUGGACCUAAAACUUCUCCUUUGAAAGAUAAUCCUUCACCUGAGCCUCAGCUGGAUGACAUUAAGAGAGAGCUGAGAGCAGAGGUUGAAAUUAUCGAGCAGAUGAGCAGCAGCAGUGGAAGCAGCUCAUCGGAUUCAGAAAGCUCAUCUGGGAGUGAAGAUGAAAGCUCCAGCAGCGAGGGGGAAGAGCCAGCACAUGUUUCCCCUUCCCAGCCACCGCACCAGCAGUAUAACAACAGGAAUGCUGUUGCUAAUGGCACGAGCAGGCCACAAGGAAGCAAUCAUCUCAUGAACACGCUCCGAAACGACUUGCAGUUGAGUGAGUCUGGGAGCGACAGUGAUGACUAGAGGCUGAGCUUUUGUUGUUUCUGUUACAUACACAUGAAGAACUAAUUUACCUUGAAGUGAUCCUGUUGCUUACGAAGAGGAGCUGGCACGGAGAUAGUUCCAAGUGUGGAGUUUUAAUAGAAGAAACGCAUAGCCCUACAAAAUAGGAGAUAUUGAGGGCUGUUUUACUUUGUGAAUUAAGUGUAUAUUUUGUGUAUAUUCUUAUUCUUUUAAGGCUUUAAAUAGAUAUGUGCAGUGGGUAAGCCAAUGUAUGUUCCUGUCUAUCAUCUGUAAGUUUAAUGUGUAAUUUUAUGAUGUUGUCUAAAAAUUUCUUGUUUGUAGAAGAUAUUCAGCCCAUCAUAACUUUGCAGGGAGGACUUUUGUAUAUAGGGUGAGCAUGAGCCAACGACGAGUUUAAAAAAAACAUAUAGGAGUUAGUUUGUGCACUGAAGUGGGACUGUUGUAAAUUAGUUUCAAUACUAAGUUGAUUUCGUUGGUUUUGGGACUUUUCUAAUGUCUUUUUAUUGCUAUUUAUGGUUGAUUUAAUGGAUUUCUGAACAGUUGGAAAAGAGAAAUCAUAAAACCAUGUUCGUCACAAACCUUGCUGCACCAGUGCCUUAUAAGCAGGUUUUUUAAAUGGAGCUUCAGUUUGUGCCACCGUUCCUGUGGGGAUCAAUACUGAAACCCCCUCAGAUUGCAUUUGCAAACAAGAGCUGUAUCUCACAUACAGCCAGCUGUACUCUGAGGGUGGUUACUCUGGCAAGAUAAAGGAUAUAAUACAUCAGUUACCUGAAGACAGCCAAAUAAGAACCAGAUCGGCAUUUUUUUUGUGCAACUGAAGUGUCUCAUUUAACUCAGACAUUCAGACAUAGUCUUUGGAAAUAUUUAGGAACCCGAUUACUAGUGAAAUUGCAACGUCACAAAUACAAGAUACUGGACUUACUGAAAUUGUAAGACCAGAGCCCUCUUUACUCCUAAAGAAUGCAGAAAGAAGAGAUGACUAAACAAUUAACUGUGAAACAGCAGAAGUCUCUCCCACCACAGUUGUCCAGGUAGACUUUAAUCCAUAUUGUUUGUUUGACGGGAUCUCUGUGCUUGGCAGUACAGGAGUACACAGAACAUGAAAUAUUUGCCUAGGGUGAAAUUCACCCCUGUUUAAGGGGGGUUUAAAGGGUGCUUAGUUGGAUUAUCAUUAACUUUUUUUGCUCGCAUAGGAAAUGAGUGCCACAGGCAGCCGCCUUAUAGCUUGAACAGCAGGCUGAAUUUUCAGAAACAAUAUUCAACUGGCAUAGGACAAGUGGUGCUGUAGUUGUGAUUUAAUCCAGGGGAAUAGGAAGCUGAAUUGGAUGCCUCUCCAUUCUUGAGUGUCUGCUUUGCACUGCUUUUGUCUGUCAGUUAGUUUGUAUUUUAACUCUUGUCUGUUUACUGAGCUCUUUCCUUUUUUUUAUUUUUUUAAGGUGUUGAAGAGCAAGGGGACAUUUGAAGGGAGAUUUUAUUAAAUGGUUUAUUUUGUUUUGCAUUGGAUACAUAUUUAGGCAUAUUUUUGCAUUAUUGUACAUACAUUUAAAAAUACUUGUUUUUUUAAAAGUGUUUUAUGAUGUGGGUACAUAUUUUAACAGAAAAUUAUGAAAUAUACUUGACGUAAAGCCACAAAUGCGCUCUCUUUUUUUUUUUUUUCCUUUUUUUGUUUCCCCUGCCCCCGUUCUUCCUCUGACAGUAAAAGUGCUCUGUUCUAACAAGCUGGUACCAAUUUGGGAUUUUACACCGUGGCGCGGGAGAUCUGCAGGGUGGUUGGCAGUCUAAUUAAUGCUAAUACUGCUCCUGAUUUUUCUCCAGCUUAAGAUUUGAAUAAGCAGGGAGACAUUUCUCUGAUGCCAUUUCCUCAUUACUGGAGCUUAUUCCUGAGUUCUGUUGACAUUAUUUGUGCUUUAAUGGAAAAGCAGCGGUGCCGCAUUUUCAUUGCUUAUCAUUCACUGGCUGCACGUGCGCUCUAAAAUCCAGGACAUGUUGUAGGAAGUUUACUAGUUACGUGUAAAUAAAAUACAUGAAACUUAAGAGGGUAAGACAAUACCAGGCUACACUGAUUUGAAUCGCCAAUUUCAUUAUGGUUUAGAUCAGCAAGUGGGAAAGCUUCAUUCAGAUAAUCAGUUUCUGCCUUGUUUUGUAUUUGUACACUAGGUCACCUUUCCCUGCUCUUCCCUCCCUAAAAGAUUUUGUCCCUUCUCUGUUGGUAAUGAAAUCAACGUUUUUUCACAGUUACAUACAGCUUUUAAACUACAUUUGGCCAUCCUUCAUACCUCCCGGAGGUGCGUCCUAUCAAGGGUGGCCAAUCUGUUGUUCGUGAGCUGUUCAGCUGCCCAUCCCACACCCAGACUACAGCAUCUGGCUGUCCACGGUGCCAGUGAGUACCAUGGUGGCCCGCAGCCCGCUCAUGGGCGUAAGCAGGACAGUCCCUACACGUGUGUGACCAGCCCGUCCCCUCCCUGCCACUGUGCCCCGAGCAGCUCCCAGCGUCUCCUGCCAGAGAAGCUCUCUGGGAUCUCCACCUUUCCCACAGCUCUCACAGGUACGUGGCACGUGUUUCGUGAAGGUGAACCGUGUGGAGACUUCAGUAGGCAACUCAUAAGAUCAAAAAGUGUGGCUGACGCUUUUUUUCCUUUUUCUAAAUUCACUUGAGUGUGUUUUAAAGCCAUUGCCAGCCUGACGUUUUGAUUGGGGCUCUUAAAAUUUUAUUUUUCGUAUAUUAAGAAAUAGUAAAAGUUGUCUAUAUGUUUCUAUUAGAUGGUUGUUCAUUUAUUCAUGAUUUGGGGUGAGUUUUAUUCAGAUGGAAAUUGUAAUUCAAAUUACUUGCAGAAAAACAGUUAUUUAGAAUUAGUUGGCAAGAUCUUUACCAUGCUGGAGAAAUAAGUCGGCU